CUAUGAAUAGAGAAACAUAUCGCUCUUAGAAUUUUUAAAAAUUCUCACAUACAAAAAAAAAAAGAAGAAAAAAGUUUAAGAUUUUUUUUUUGUUAUAAAAGAAACCCCAAGAAAAAGACGUUAAUAAGAAAAAUGUGUUUAACUGAAAAGAAGUGGUAGCUAAGAGAAAAGAAAGUACAAAAUCAUAAGAAUUUUUCAUAUAUAUAUAUAUAUGCAAAAAAAAAAGAAAGAAUAAACAAUUGUUAUAUAAACAAAAACCACACAUAAAGACCAACAAGUGCAGUGAAGUGUUAAAAGAAUUACCUAAAAGAAAUUUCUACAAAAACAAACAAAACUCCACAAAAGAAAAUUUUGGAUAUACCAUUGCAUAAAGGAUUUCACACAUACCCAGACAUUAAAGAUGAAUCAAACGUGCAAAGUUUGUGGUGAGCCUGCUGCUGGCUUUCAUUUUGGUGCCUUUACUUGUGAAGGAUGCAAGUCAUUCUUUGGCCGCUCCUACAAUAAUCUCUCCUCGAUCAGUGAGUGCAAAAACAAUGGCAAAUGCAUUAUUGACAAAAAGAAUCGCACCACGUGCAAGGCUUGCCGCUUGCGCAAAUGCUACACAGUGGGCAUGUCCAAGGGUGGCUCACGCUAUGGCCGUCGCUCCAAUUGGUUUAAGAUACACUGCCUACUGCAGGAACAGCAACAACAAGCUGUCGAGGCGGCAACCAAAGCGGCUGCCAAUGGCAGUGUACCUCCAAAUUCAUCGGCCGCCGGUUCACCCUUUGGCGAUAUGGCUGCUGCAGCCGCUGCUGCUGCCGCCCAACAACAAUUCUCGCAACGUACUUCUCAUUUGACGGCUGGUGCUCCCCAUAUGGGUUAUCCUUCUUAUUUGCCGGAUAUGUCUGCUGGACCCUUUAUGUCUGCUGCCGCUUUGCCCUUCUUUAGUAUGAUGAAUUCCAUACCCGCCAUGGGUGCUACAGCAUCUCCUUCCUCGGCCUUUCAAAUGCCUCCUCAUAUACUAUUUCCUGGCUAUCAUCCAGCCGCUGCUGCAGCCGCUGCUGAUGCUGCCUAUCGUUCGGAGAUGUAUAAACAUAGACAAUCUGUAGACUCUGCUGCCUCCGGAGAGUCUUUGUCCCGCUUCUCACCCACCAAUCAUUCAGUGCAUUCUUUGACUCAUGAAGAACCUCUAGCCCAACAGCACCCCCAUUCCGCACGGCAAUCCCCUGAACUAUGUGUCUCUGGGGAUGAUGAUGAACAUGAAGGCAAUUACAUGCAAACCCACCACACCUCAGCCUCCUCCCAUCAUUCCAUCUCCCCUGUCUCCACACAUCAUCAACAUCAAAUUCACAGUCCCAUUGCUGUGAGAGCAUCGCCUACUGGCCCAGCCCCCUUGCAACAUACCACACCACCACCACCACCACCCCAAAGUAACAGCCCUGCACUAACCACUCAUCAUACCUCCUCCCCUGAGCCUUCGUUUGCUGCCAAAAUGGAGUCACUCUCGCCUGUUUCCGUGUGCUCCAUUACCCAUGAGACUGCACCUGCCAACCAUUUGGAGGAGCCCAUGAAUCAAGAUGGACCCAUGGACUUGAGCAUGAAAACCUCCCGCAGCUCGGUCAAUAGUGACAGCGAUAUGCUGAGUGAGGCCAGCGAGGAAGAGCGUCAACAUAGCAUGCGACGCAAAUUCUUUCAUCUUAGUAAUGAAGCUGAAAACUCCGAAAAUUCUUCAGACUCUGAGGCCAGCAAAAGGCAAAAACUGGCCGCGGAGAGUAGCUAUCACUUUGCUCCCCAUUCACAUGCCCAAAGAGGCAUUGUAUGCGUUUAGAAAAAAAAAAAAAAAACUUAAACAAUAACAGCAACAAAAAGAAGUACCAAAACCACCUCGUAUAACAACAGAAAAGCAAACCAUUUAUAGUCAAUGCAAACCUUUAGUUAGUAGUAUAACAAGCCCCAGCCCCAAUUCUCUCUCAACCAAAAGCCACAAUUGUAUAUAAAAGCCUAGAGCCCAUUGUUGUUAAGAAAAAAAAAAACUUACAACAGUCUGCCUAGGCAACCCCAAUUAAAAAAUGAGAAAUUCCAAAUACUAGUUUCAUAAGUUGUUUAGUGAAUUUUUAAUAUUUAAGUUUUCAUAUUAAUAUUAUAAAUUUUUUUUUUAAAUUUUUUAGUUAUUAUUUUGAUUGUUUAUACCAAAAUAUUGUACAUAGAAUUUUUUCUUAAUUUUAAUUGAUUAUUCUUUGGCAAGCCUUUUCCAUAGUUCUAGGUUUAUAAUUCAUUAGUUUUCACGUUGACAGGGCCUUUGGCUCGCAAAAUUGUAUAUAUACUCCUAAAGAAAUUUUGAUUGCAACAAUUGUAUUAUUUUUUAAAAAUUCUAAUUAUACAUUACUUUUACAUAUUAUAAAAAAAAACCCCAAGCGUAUUG